AUGCGAAGGAGUCAAGAAUUCCGAUGGAUCAAGGCUACAUAUAACAAAAGGAGGAGACGGAGGAUCUUCCCAUUCCGACCAAUACCAGAGCCUCGUUGGAAGUUUGCUGUAUCUGGUGAUGAACACGCGGCCAGACAUCGGGAUUUGCGUAUCGAUCUCGGAAGGCAGGUUUCAAAACCAACCAAAGCGGACUGGGCAGAGGCAAAGCGAGCCCUGCGGUACCUCAAGGAAACCGUGGAACUCAAGCUUCAUCUGGGAGGGGACUCAGAUGAAUUAGAAGGAUAUGCCGACGCAGACUGGGCUUACUAUGACGAUGCCCUGGGAAAGGCUUUUGGGGCUUGCAAUGGCCACACGACGGUGACGGCACUCACGUCCUCGUCACGGAACAAAUGUGAUUCAUCAUCGGCAGUCGUUAAUCCCCACAACCCCUUGCGUGUGGGUGGUUUAUUCAGGAAGAAAGAUGGAUUCCUUUUUUCGGAACCACCGAAAACCCCGGAAAAUUCGCGGUCCAUAAAGGACAUCCUGUGCACCCAGCAGCGGGAAUGCGCUAUGUGCUGGGACGUGUGCAACCGUAACCACCAGAUCCGGAAGGAGAACGAGCUGGCCCAGCGGCUCCUGCUCAGCCUGAGCCAGAUGAUCCGGAACGAGUCGGUCGUAACGGCCGACAUCGAGUGGACCACCCCGCAGGAGCUGCUGCAGCACCAGCCCCAGCACCCGGUCGUCGUUCCGUCGCCGCUGGCUGCGAGCGAAAAUGUCGAACGGUUGUCCCGGAUUGCGAGGGACGGCGCCAACAGUAGUCAGGUGUCCCGAAUCAUCCAGGCGCUGAGUCAGGAUUCGAGCAGCGGCAGUAGCGAACAGAGUCAGCAGCAGAGCUUCCAUCAAUGUUUGGUUUCGUGGGAGAUUUCCGGCGGAGGCUUGACCGGCAAUCUGCUCACGGAAACGGCCAAAGCCGAACUUUCGCUGUGGCCGAACACCAAGUAUCACGUGCAUGUGACCUGCCGGAAUAAGGAAACCGAUCAACUGAUCCGAUCGCCUCCGCUACUGAUCGACACCUCGGAAGCAAUCAUCGUCAGUCUCCAAGGUACCACCAGUACAACGACGACGACGGCUCCACCGACCGCCCCACCAUCGACUUCUACCACCGCCGCCGCCUCCCCCCUGAGGCCCCUCUCGAUCAACUCGGUAAUCGAGGAGAUCGACGUCAUCCAGGCCACGUCCUUCACCGAUGAUAUCGAAGCGGACGACGAGGACAACUCUUUCGAUGGGCACCAGAAUCAACCGCAGCGCCUGGAAAACCAUCACCGGCAUCGACUGUGGCCCAUGUACAGUGCCGAUUUGCCCGAAAACUCCAAAGAAAUCGUCAUCCUGGGCGUAUUUGUGGCCCUGCUGGCCUUCGUGCUGAUCGUCCUGACCGUGAUUCUGUUGGUCCGACGGAAGCAGGAUCAAAUCGAGGACCGGGAGCUGCUGAUCGAGAGCGAAGUUCUACCAAAGAUCUUGCACGUUUGAUAGGAUGCCGACUUCGUCAGCGGCGAUGGCGAAAAAAGUUUUCUGUAAAUAGCUGUUCCUAAACCCCCCCCCCAGUUUUUCUAAGCCUAAUUCUUUCUCUCUAGGAGUAAACUCCCUGUUCUAGCCCAGUUUCUAUACUUAACAAUUAAAAAUCCAGAUCAUCAAACAGAACGAAUAUGCUUUGAUCAAGCGAUUAAUUUAAUCACCAAUGCCUCUGCGCUUGUGUAAGUUAUUGCGUUAUCUAUCUCUGCCUAUUUUUUUCCCAUUCAAAAAGCCACCCUUAUUCCACGCUCGCUUCGCAAAAGGCUUCUCUUGUUCUGUUCCCAAAGUCAUUCUCCUCGGUUGGCAUUCUCUAGAAAAAAUGCGCUUCACAUUGGCUAAAAAUAUUCACGCAUCAAUCAGUAUGGUUAGUAGGUAUUUAGCUUAGAACAAAACGAGAGAAAAAGUAGCAGAAGGAGAAGCAACAAGUUGCGACAAAAAAAUAAAUAAAA